AUGUCUGUCUCAUCCCGCGCUUUUGCGAGAGCGCCGUCAAAGUCGUCGUUUACGUCGUCGUUUACGUCGCGCAUUCUUCGCAGAGGAGGAGGACGAAGCCACGAGCACGCGAAAAGAAGCGCUUCGAAGCGCUUUUGUCGUCGCGACGCGACCACUUUCCUCGCUUCUUCGUCGUCGUCUUCCGAGACCGACCGGCAGCUUUUAGACAAGAUGAAAGUCGCCGUCGCGUCGGCGACGUCCGCGCCGACCGCAAAACACGUGCUCGAGGCGCUGAAAGAACUCUCCUCGCAAGAGUUCGGGUUAGCGAACGUGAAGUUUACCGAAGUGAUGGCGAAAAUUGACGAAUUGUACGACCACGAUCCGCAGUUUGGGUACAGCAGUGGCGUCGGGACGGAUGGCUUCGAGACGGAGAACAAAGCCGGAGUAAACAUGGGGUCGAAUAAAGUGUUUUAUUUCGCGAAAAUGCACGAUUUUACGGAAGAGAUGACGUUGAGGUUGUUUUGCGAGCACUAUCAGGACGUGUUGGAUACUCCGGACGGGCAGUCGCAUCUGAACAUCCGGAGUUUUAUGAAGAACGGGUGGGCGGGCGUUCGCUUCGAAGGCGAGACGUUGAGACCGAAAGGAAAGGAAGGGGAGGGGGAGCGAAUCGAUCAAAUCUAA